AUGAAUCCAACCGAAAAAGUACAUGUCGUUGUGAUAUUAGGAAGAGUACACGGAUCCGAGACGCCCAGUUCCUAUGUCUGUCAAGGGAUCAUUGAAUUUUUGAUUAGCAACCAUCCAGCCGUGGUACGUCUUCGAAAAAAAGUCGUCUUUCAACUAAUACCUAUGAUGAACCCCGAUGGAGUCACUUUAGGAAAUUCUAGGACCAAUUUGCUGGGAAUCGACUUGAACAGAGCUUGGCACAAGAUAUCGCAAUGGGUCCAUCCUAUAUUGUACGCCGUCCACAAUCACUUGUUAGAAAUCGAAAAGCACGAGAACAUGGAACUCGAUUUGGUAAUCGACAUGCACGCUCAUUCUUCUCUUCACGGUGUGUUUACUUACGGGAACGCAUACGACGACGUGUACAGGUUAGAUGGGGUCUUCUCUAAAUUAAAUUACAUGCCCCGCAGGCCAUAA